GACCGGUGGAACGGCACUGCGUGCUAUCGAACUACUGCGGUGCAUGACAGGAAAAGAGGAGACUGGUCGUCAACAUGGGAACACAGGACCGAAACUAGACAAUUGGAUCAUGCAUGGGUUCUUUCUUCUGGAAUUAUUGUAAUCUUCAUGGACGCUAUGCCCGUUGGAACAGGAGAUUUCCCGGAGGAAAAUAGCUCCUUCGUUGUUAAACGGGAUUGUGCGUUCAAUGGACCCUGACACUCUGUGCACAUCAUUUUGCAAGCCACGGUUCUGGGCCCUUCUCCUGUUGCUGAAUUAUUGGGUGAUUUUAGCCAAAAGAUGAAACGGACGUCGCCCUGAAAAACGGCGUCCAGGAGUGGUCCACAACUACUGUCAUCUGAAUUUCUUAUCAUAUAAAAACUGCCGGCAUGGCUGAGAGGCCCGGGGAUGGCUCCGUCUCCAUCCCCAUGGUGGAGACCAAUAAGCCGGCCGGAGCGCUGCCGCCAGCGGCGCCCACGGACGCCGCGCUGCUCACGCACCUGAAGAAGGUGGAGAACCACAUCACCGAGGCCCAGCGCUUCUCCCACCUGCCCCGACGCUCCGCCGUGGACCUGGAGUUCAAGGAGCUCUCCUACAUCAUCCGCGAGGGGCCCUGCUGGAGGAGGAGAGGAUACAAGGCCCUGCUGAAGUGUCUGUCGGGGAAGUUCUGCAGCCGAGAGCUCAUCGGCAUCAUGGGCCCGUCAGGAGCGGGCAAGUCCACCCUGAUGAACAUCCUCGCCGGCUACAGGGAAACGGGGAUGAAGGGACAGAUCAUGGUGAAUGGGAAGCCCCGGGAUUUGCGCACCUUCCGGAAGAUGUCCUGUUACAUCAUGCAGGACGACAUGCUGCUGCCAAACCUCACCAUCCGGGAGGCCAUGAUGGUGUCAGCAAACCUGAAGCUCAAUGAGAGUAUGGAGGUGAAAAAAGAGCUGGUGAAUGAGAUCCUGACAGCCCUGGGUCUGCAGGAGUGUGCACAAACUCGAACUCACUCUCUAUCUGGCGGUCAGUGCAAGAGGCUGGCCAUCGCCCUGGAGCUGGUCAACAACCCGCCCGUCAUGUUUUUCGACGAGCCCACGAGUGGACUGGACAGCUCCUCCUGUUUCCAAGUGGUCUCCCUGAUGAAGUCGCUGGCACAGGGGGGCAGGACCAUCAUCUGCACCAUCCACCAGCCGAGCGCCAAGCUCUUCGAGAUGUUCGAUAAGCUGUACAUUCUGAGCCAAGGCCAGUGCAUCUACAAGGGCACUGUCACCUACCUCAUCCCCUACCUGAAGAACCUGGGCCUGCACUGCCCCACUUACCACAACCCUGCAGACUUCAUUAUCGAGGUGGCAAGUGGAGAAUACGGAGACCUCAACCCCGUUCUCUUCGAGGCCGUGCAGGGAGGACUCUGCACCGAGGAGGGGAAGAAGAACUCCAGCGACAAGAACGACCCGGCCUCCUCCUGUCCCUCUCAAUGCCACAACGAUUCAGGACACAUUGAGAAGCAUACCUUUGCCACGAGCACCCUGACUCAGUUCUGCAUUCUCUUCAAGAGGACCUUCAUCACAAUAUGUCGGGACACGGUACUGACCCACCUGAGGGUGAUGUCCCACCUCUGCAUAGGCGUUCUGAUUGGUCUCCUGUAUUUGAACAUUGGGAACGACGCCAGCAAGGUGUUCAAUAACACCGGCUUCCUCUUCUUCUCCAUGCUCUUCCUCAUGUUCGCCGCCCUCAUGCCCACCGUACUUACCUUUCCCUUGGAGAUGUCAGUUUUUCUUAGAGAACACCUGAACUACUGGUACAGCCUGAAGGCCUACUACCUUGCCAAGACCAUGGCAGACAUACCAUUCCAGAUCAUCUGUCCCAUCAUGUACUGCAGCAUUGUGUACUGGAUGACAGAGCAGCCCCCGGAGGCGGGCCGAUAUCUGCUCUUCAUGGCCCUGUCCACCUCCACUGCCCUGGUGGCCCAGUCGCUCGGCCUUCUUAUCGGAGCUGCGUCCACAUCCCUGCAGGUGGCCACGUUCGUGGGUCCAGUCACCGCCAUCCCUGUGCUUUUGUUCUCUGGCUUCUUUGUGAAUUUCGACACCAUCCCCAAGUACCUGCAGUGGAGCUCCUAUGUGUCUUAUGUCAGGUAUGGCUUCGAGGGAGUCAUUCUAUCCAUUUACGGGAUGAACCGGUCAGAGUUGGCCUGCCCCGGGACCAUGCCCUCCGGCUUCUGCAAGUUCCAGAAGCCGGAGGAAGUGCUCCAGCUGCUGGACGUGGAGGACGCCAAGCUCUAUGUGGACUUCAUGGUGCUGGGAGCCUUCUUCGUCAUUCUCAGACUGGCCACCUACUUUGUGCUGCGCUACAAAGUCAAGUCCGAACGCUGACCUCGGGUCAGUGUUUCCGACAGAAUCACUCUUUGAGCACUGCAACGUACAGGAGUGGAUGUUGUACAAAGAGACACACAUACAAAGUAUACAUACACACGCUCUGACACAGACACUAACACACUCACAUUCACACACACAUACACACACUACACGUUUACACCAACCAAUGCAAAUUACUUUUGAAUCUGUUUUGUACCUCGUAUAAAGCUUAGACUUGAACAAUCAGACUUGAAUUAAUUUGGAAACUUUUCCAUGUAUUUUUUUCAAUACAUGACUAAAAUGUUUUGUUUGAAGGUAUUAUCCUUUCUGUUAACUUCAGACGACGAAGUGUUUUGUUUACUUUUUAUUCACUGCAUUUAUUUUUUAAAAAGUCUCUACCUUUAGUUUCUCAAUCAAAUCUACCUUUUUAUAUAGUCACCGUAUAUCAUCACUUAACGCAGUGUAAAUACUUUGGGAACUGAUUUGCGACGCAUGAUUCUCUAUGGAAGGGGUUGGAUGCACUGUCUCUGUCAAUGUUUGCCCUUCAGUAGCAUGUGGACUGGCCGCUAGCUCUUUGCCCCAAAGACCAGGACUCUCAACAGAACGCAAAGGAUAUAAAUGAAUGAUGCCCCUAACAGAUGGCACUGCAGCCAUGCAAGUAUGUACUCAAACGUUUUACGUGGCUAACCAGAAUUGAUUUUGUUUUGUUUGUUUGUUUCAUUUUUUUGGUGUGUUCUGGGAAUGAGAGUUGUGCUGCCACUCUCGAAUGCCUCUUUUUGGACUCUCGCGGUUUGCGUUUGGGACAGAACCGUCAGUGGUACCUGAUGUGGGGACUACAGUGUGUUCCACACUUCACAGGAUUUCAUUGUUUUCUUUAUUCCAACGCUGAUAACAUGAACUGCUUGUCCAGUGGCAAUUCGUGUCUGAGACCCAGCUUGCAUUGAACUGGAUGGACUUGCACAGUGGAUGUCUGAUCCAGUUCAUCAAUGAGAGAGAGAGCACGCAAGAGAGUGAGUGAGUGAGAGAGAGCGAGCGAGGACACCUUCACCUCAUUCACCUGUGGCUGUGAGGGUGAAUAGGUGCAUAUCCUGGAACAGGUGAUCUCUCUGUUGUCAUGGGACACCAUGCAACAUUUCCUUCCCAUCGUUACUACCCAUUAACUAUACUCGUCCCAGCAACGGACAUCCAUAGGACUCCGAGAUCACCCAACAUAUCCACUGUUUCCCUAGGAACAUGGCUGAUUCACAAUAAUAAUAAUACAAGGAAAAGUUUGCAUCUGCAAAAAAACAUGUUCCUUUUUAAACACUAAGAUGACUAACCUGGAGAGAUUAUAUCAUCCUCAACAACAACUGCAAUGAUUUUUUUCUUGGUUCAAUCCCCUGCUCACCAUUUCCAAUCAGUUUCUAUAAAUGUAGACUGUUACAGACUGAGCCUUGCAGUUGAUAAAAUGUCUCUCUGAAGUGAUAACCAUAACUGUAUAGAGUACCUGUGUUUAGUUGUAGUUACAAGAAGGAUGAGGUUGAACCUUCGACACAAUGUUCCAAAGGCUAGUCUAUGCCAUGAGCCAAUUUCAGGUGUCUGGCCUAGUUGAUGUUAAUGAUGCCUUAAUUGGCAGGGUAAAACAUCUUCCUAUUUCUGUCUUUCCUAUAGACUGAGCUGUUCCAGAGGAAGUUAGUUUACACAGUGGCGACAUCUUGUGAAAUAGGCUCAUUGUGUCUUCAGUUGAACCUUCUACUUUGAGUAGUUGCAUUCAUUUUCACAGUUAUGCACUGAAUGUUCCCAUGAAUCCGCAUUCUCCAGGAGAAGCUAUACGGUCUACCUGUGUUCACAACAUGACUUUCUGGAUGGGCUUUGUGUGCAACUAUUUUGUCUGUGUCAUUUUUCGUAAGGAUUGUCAGAUGUCCAGUGUCGUUAGCCACACUGUUGGAUACUUGAAAUGCUGGGUUGGCCAAUCAUCUGCCUCACGGCCUGUUUGGUUUUACUGUGACCGCAGUAGUAAAUUCAGAUGUUUAUGAUUUGCACCUAUAUAUCGCACCCAUAUGCUGUACACACCAGGGAGGCUCCUCUUGACAACAGUGCAAUGCAAAGAUCUUUGUUUAUAAUGGGAAAAAAAAUGUGGAAACUAUGAAAAUAUCUCUCAUGAUUCUUGACUCUGCUACUUAGUUUGUCCUAUAAUACUACUACUAAUAACCUUGAGUAUAUACACAAUGACAGUAGAUGUGUGAUGCUGUAAACAAAAAUGUAUGUACAUAUAUGCACUUUUGUUAAUGUUUCUCAAAUGAUUCCUUUUGGAUUAAUUUGUAUUUAGUUUUAUUUUUAUAUGAAUAUGGACGGUACUGCUUAGUUGAGUCUGGAACUGGGGACAGCAUGACCUUGGGAGCAAAAAAAAAAGAUGUCACAAGGAGCCCAUGCUUUUCAAUCAUUUGGAAGUCGAAUUUACGUAAUUUUUGUACGCAAGUAUUCAGAAAAGUAGUGUUUUACCCAAUGAUAUUAAGUGCUGGCUGAACGCCAUUUAGUGACCCAUAUCACAGUUGGUAGAUCUGUAUGGAACAGCUGAAACAGCUCUGAUUAAUUUAUUUUCCCAAAGACAAGGGCUGGUCUUUCCACUUGUGUAGAACCACGCCAAGGUUAGGCAAGGACCAUUGUGCAAUAACGUGACGCGGUUACAGUUUUGGAGCGAUAGUCUAAUAACUCAUCUGAGGGAGGAUUGGACCGAUGUAUCCCAAUCAGGAGAGACAUUUGGAUGGCUCAAGUGACAUAAGUCAGUGACAUAAUGACAGCUGUCUGUUAGAGAAUAGGAUAAUAUCUGUUUCUAAUAGCAAUAGUAAAGUACUGUGCCUAGAGAGCGUUAUUGUAUGUUAUAACCGAAUACUUCUGUGUCCUGUGGUGGUCAGACAUUUCACAACUAUAAUGAUGAUUGUCCUCUGUUUUCAAUUCUAUAUACAUGUCCCUCCCCCUUCAAAUUGUAUGUGUGUAAUACAAGUAUUGGGAAACUGGUAUUUUGAGACCAGGUUUUGGGGGCUUAAAAAGGAACUCCUCUGUGUGGCUGUGAAUUUGAGAGAUUUUUUUCUAUUUGAGAUUCUUUGAGAUUCUGCUCGAGAUUACUCCUACUCCACCUUAUUUCUUCCAGAAAUCUGGUUCACUAUUUGAGCAAUGCAGCGUGCAUGCCUUACAAAUAUAAAAAGCCUUCAAAACUUUCCUCACGUACGUAUGAUUGCAAAUGCUGCAGAUUAUGGAUUGUUGUAAUAUUUGACAGAUACACUGAACUGUAUGUAUAGAUCAUUCUCUAUUAAAAGCUGUCUACACAGCUGUGUAAGCUUUUACACAAACUUUAUUUCCCAGCAGUUUCUCAUGUCCUGACAUUGCUUUCCUCUUGCUUUUCCUUUCAUUUCAUUUAAUAUAUAUUUGUUUCAUCAAAAGAUUAAAAAAAAAAAAGUUCUAUGUAUUUACAUAUGUUAAAUUAUUACAAUAAAUGCAU